AUGCCUAGACCUGCGUCCCUCCGUGACAUCAUCCGCCAGCAUCCACGUGAGCGGCUUCUAGUCCAGCCUCUUGAGUGGACGGCGCGUCAUCUCGAGCUUCUGCAUUGCUCCUUUGAAGAGGAAAAAUCAGAAGACGGAAGCCCCGAAAAGGAGGAUGGGCUGGAGAAUAAUGGAGAAGAUGUUCAAAUUCCUGAUGCAAACGAGUCAGGGAAAAAGAAGCCUGCCGAUCGAUGGGUUCGUACGGCUGAGCGUCUAGCAACCUAUGAAAUGAAGACGGCGGCCAUCAAGAAGCUCUUGGCAGAAGUCGACGGGCCUCUAAAAUUCCUCCGGCCAUUUGGAUAUUUCUGCUACGGCUCCGAGCAUGAAUUUCGCCUGCACGGCGCCGUCUUUUCGGAGCGUGCAGCCGGAACACAGGCACCCGUGUUCGCUUUUAUGCAACGCGGCAUGAUUAGGAUACAACGUGAAGGCGUUUUUUCUCUGCCUCGGCCAAGGAGACCUAACCCUCCCGCUGAGCUUAUCAGGAAGCUGAGGUUGAAGCAAAUAGAGCCAUCUGAUCCAUGGUGUGACCCAUACAUCCUGGCUGUUCUUAUAGGGUUGUCACAGUCACAGGCACAGAACCAGUCUUUGGAAAAGGACUCGGAAGGUAAGGGUCGACCUGAUGUUUUCAAGGUUUGCGCUGUGCUUGUGGACGAGACAAACAAAGACACGAUGGGAUUCUACACUGCAACUAUCUCUGCCGAGUUUCUCAGCAAGUUCGAGUACCCAGACGGCCUAAAGCCCACAAAAGCGACACUAUCAUCUUCUUUGUGCAUCAAGCAUAGGAAGAUGGCGUUUCAACCAUAUUCGACUUUAAGGGAAAGGCUGAUCGAAGCAAUGUCACCUUGUUUUGAGGAUGCUAAGGCCAGCCAGUAA